UCCUUUUCAGCUCAAUUUAUUAUUAUUAUUGUUUCAAUACUGUUUUGAUACUUGUUUUUAAUGUACACCAUCCAGAAAUCCACGUUUUAUAUAAAGGCACUGAUUAGAAAUUUUCAAAAGAAAUAAAAAUAAGCAAUUACUGAUUUCGCUAUAUUACCCACCCUUCAACAGGAGGUCCCAGAGGCAGUUACAACUAUUUAAAACUCAGCAUUAAAAACAGUUAGAACAAUUUACAGUCAUGGGAAUAGGGUGGGCCCUGAAACACACACACACACACACACAUACACACCAGGUACCAAAUGUCAGGAUAAAGAGAUGCAUCUUCAGCAGUCAUUGAGAACUGUACAGUGAAGAUGCCAGACACUCCUCUGUGGGGAGGGAAUUGCACAAUUUAGGAGCUGUCACAGAAAAUGCCCUCUCCUGGGCUAUCACCCCCUCAAACUUCUAAGGGAAGUGGAGCUACAAAGAGACCGCUCCCUCUAAUCUUAAAGGGGGCAGUCUCCGAAAAAUUUGGGACAUAAGCCUUUUGGAUUUAAACAUUAGUGUGAGCACCUUAAAUUAGGCCCAGAAAGAACCUGGAAACUAAUGCAGCUGUUUUAGGACAGGGGCUAUGUAAAUCCUAAAGGCAACCCCAGCCACUUGACCGCUGCACUUUUGGACUACUUAAAGUUUCUGAGUUGUCUUCAAGGGUUGUCCCAUGUAAAGCACACUGCAAUAAUCCAAUCUGGAAGUUACCAGAGCGUGGAGUACCUUGGUCAAGCCAUCUCCAGGUAUAGGUAAUGAGUUAAAAUCUUGAUGUCACAUGUUAACUGUGAACAUACUACCCCCUUGGGUAUGCACUUAAGAGUAAUUAAUGUCAAUCACAGCCACUACUUCAUAAUCAUGCACUGAACAGUGAGGUAAAUCACGUUACUCUGAUUUUUUAAUGUAUUUUGCCAUAGUUUCAUUAGCUGCAUAAUUUAACAUAUAUAGUAAUGUCUUUUUUUAUUAUUAUUCCUCCAAAGACCACUUGCACAGAACUUGUAAGGGUCGUUUAGAGUUCAUUUAACAAUAAUUUGUUAUUUAUAUAUUAUUUAUAUUUAUUUUCUAAUUACCUUUAUAUCCCACCUUUCCUCUAAGGAGCUCAACAGUUAUUAGGUAACCAAUUUCAAAGUUGUUUUGUUUAGUAAAUACAAACAAAGCAAAAAUGAUGAAUUAGAUCACUCUCUCAUCAGAAAACUUUCUGAUGCAGACUGAAAAAAAUCCAGAUCCAAAUUAUCCUAAUUUGUUUAGGAAAAAUCUCCAGUUCUAAAUUUUCCGGAAAACCCACAUCACUGAUUAAGAUUAGUAUUUUGUGUGAUCACAAUAGAACAAUGGUUCCAAAGUUCUAGGUCUAGCACUACAGGUUUCCAUGGCAAUUGUGAUUUGGUUCCAAGAGGACCAAUUCUGCCCUCACAGUUCGCCAACUAUUGUUUCAUUUAAAGGUAGAACUAGAUGUGGAACCACAUCAUGGCCAUAAGGUGAGUUUUUUAGCUAGUUAGAACUCAUUUGGUUGUUCUGUUACUGGGUUCUGUGUAUGUUUAUUUAAAAAUUUAAGUCAUAGAAUUGUAGAGUUGGAAGGGACUACGAGGAUCAUCUAGUCCAGCCUCCUGUAAUACAGGAAUCUUUUGCCCAACGUGGGGCUUAAAUCCACAAUCCUGUGAUUAAGUCUUGUGCUCUACCAACUGAGCUAUUCCACUAUGCACCAUUGGUUUUUAUACUUGCAAACUACUUAGACGCACAUUCUGACAUUAAGCAUUACAUAAAUAAAUAUGUUGAACGGGACUCACUCCCAAUGUGAUUGUGCAUAGAGAUUGCCACCUGUUCAAUUGGGCAAACUCCUAAGUGUGCACAGGACAGCAGCCUCCAUCUCUCCCUCAGUUAUAUUGUCAAGGUGUACAGUUUGCAUUCACAGUGUCAAUAUAAAACUGACAUUUAAUGUUAUUUCCUUACCAGUACUAGGUAGAUAUUUAUAGUUUAGAUUGUAUUUAAUCAGCAUAAUCUAUAAAGUGAUAUUGGCCCCCGGAAAGAAUCACAGCAUAUUCCCUUUCGCACUAGAGGCACUGAUGCAUCUCUUUGGUAUAAUAAAAGUGACACCUUAAAAAGUUGCCACCCAUGGCAAAUAGUAAUUCAUUCUAGAGUGAUAGCACAUGAACUAUGAGCAAUUCCCACGAGGGUCUCCUGUGCUAGCCUCACUGAAAUGGACUGGAGCACUUAAUUCCCAUUCAUUUCAGUGCAGUUCAUAUGGGAGCGCACCAUGCUCCAUGUUACUAAGUAGGAUGUGGGUUUAUUUAUUUAUACACCACCCUCCCAAUACCUUAUUAGGACAGCUUGCUAUUAAAAACAGCUUAACAAUAACUUUUAAGGUAAGUUUCAAACACCAAAUCUACAAAAGCAGUAUACAUAUAAUCCCCCUAGGGUACCAAAUAUCUUGAGCCAGCCCUGAUGCUCAUCCUUUCUGUUUUACUCUUGGAAAAGGCAAUAGUAGCUGAAUGUUAAGAAUAGCAGAAGUUGUGGUCCUGCAACACACAGUCCAGCAGUUGAUUGUAGUGGGUUUAUGUCCAAUCCAUGAUGAAGAAACUCUCGGGAUCAAACUCAAUUUACAUCAGAAUCGUCGUCUGACCACAAUAGCAUCACACUGGGUGGCUUUAGACUGGCUACUGUUUCUCAAGUCAGAGAACUGUAGUUGGAUAGGAUUCUGAGAGUCAUCUAGUGUCCCUCCAGGGGGCCUAAACCACCAACCUUCUGUUAAAACAACCUGACACACUGACUCACUGUGCCACCAGAUACCAGCUCCCUUAGUGUGCUGUACAUGAACCAUGUACACAACCCUAGAAUCGUAGAACUGAAAGGGACCUGGACAUCUCCCAAGGGUCAUCUAGUCCAACCCCCCCUGCAGCAAGGGAGCGUAACAAAAACGAAAAGAGCAACUUAAAAUAUAAACAGGUGUGUGACCUGCGGAGAGGAAAAACUCAUUUAUUUACAAUAAUCCUGACCCCCUUUUGCCAAGAUCGGUUUCGGACCGGUUCGACACACUUAAAAUGAUAGGCAGGAGGUGCAUUCCUCUCUCGGGUUUAGACGGCAAAGCCGACCCAGGGCCAAAAGCUCCAGCAGCAGACAAACUCCCUGCAUGGUCGGGGAGGCUCCUUCGGCUCUUGUGUACUGCACGUGCAUAGCGGGCGGGCGCCCCCCCAAAUCCCACGGCGCGCCUGCUCCGUCCCCCCCGGGCUUGCUUUCCUUUCGGCUCGGCGGCCUCCAGCCCGUUCUCACUGGAGGUUGCGGCCCAGGUACUGCAGGAACAUGCUUCCAAGCUGCGGCAGGUCGCCCUCGCCUUCACCCGGGUGCAUCUUGGCGUAGCUGAGGAACUGCCUCCGGAGCCGGCUCAGCUCCGCCAGGCUGACGGGCCGGGUCAGCAGCAGCCCCGGAGGCUCCCCGCCGCCGGCCUGCGACAGCCCGUCCACCGCGAGCGGCACGAACUGCCCCGGCUGGGCUCCGUUCCUCUGGGCGGCCAUGAGGGCGGCCAGCACGUCCUGCGUGAGGCGGUCGAGGCGGUGCAGGAAGCCGGCGGCCUGCAGGGGCUGCGAGCGCGUGGACUGGUUGGGCGGCGGCGGGCGGCGCUCGAAGAGGGCGGCGCGGAUCUCGGGCCAAGGCAGCGGCUCGGCGGGGUCGGCGGGCGCCACGAAGAGCGGCCAGUCCCAGCGGUGGCGCGAGUCGGGCGGCUCCAAGGGAGGCCGGUCCGGGCGGGCGGCGCCUCCCGGGCACAGGAGCACGCAGUGCGGCGUCCCCGCGUGCUUGCUGAGGCAGUACAGCUCGUAGCGGAAGCUCUUCAGCUCGGCGCCCGAGUCCACCAGCACCACGUCGCGGCGGCUCAGCAGGCGCUCGGCCUCCGCCCUCAGAGCAGCCCGGGCGACGCCGUCCCCGCCGCCCAAGUCGGCCUCGGCCACCACGAAGACGCGCCGCUCUGAGGCCUCCUCGGCGCUCAGCGCCGCCUUCAGCUCUUCGGCGCGCCGGGUCUUGCCGCUCCCCGGCAGCCCGCAGAGGACGACCAGCGGCAUGGCUUCUCUCUCCGCCUCAGUCGCAAGCCGGGCCGGCUAUCAUCAUCUUCCCCCUCAGGGCCUUUCUUCCCUGCACAAAAAUGGCGGCGGAGGCGUUAAUGUCGCCCUUAAGAAAGAUGGUUCCCGAGAGAGAUUAUUCGCCCCGCCUUCCCGCUCUUCUUUGAAUUGCUCUACGACGACAUCUAUCCACGGACCAUAGAGAUAGGGAAAUGUAGAGUGUGGAGUCCUGUCUAAAGAUGCUUCCAAACUCGCCUUUAGAGUAGAACUCGUCCCACGGAAAUGGCAAUUGAUAGAAAACCACGAAGCAAAGUUUUUGGUCUCCGUCAGAGGAGAAAUGGAACCUCUCCGUUUUCGCGCAAUAUCGGAGCGGGUUCUAAAGGGAAGAGUCCAAAGGAACCCGGAAGUCUUUCGUGUUCAGUAGGUCUAUUUAUAAAUCUAUGAGUGUCGGAGAGGGCAGCGUCUGUUGCGGAAGCCGAACUACAAGUCCCAUGGGCCCCCGUGGAAGCCAAAGCGAGAGGGCCCUUCGUUACGUGAGGAGGGGAGGAGCGACCGUUAAGUCCGGCUUGUUUGGAUACGGCUGCGCGGGGGAAGCCGGACCUGGAGCGCGUGUGGUGAAGGAGCCGCCGGCCACGGCCCUCUGAGAUGAGCCCUCUGCGGGGCCGGCGCGGGGAGCAGAGAACCUACCGGGGCGGCCUGGCAAGGCAGAGGGCAGGUGUCCCCCCUGGAGGUAACGGCGGCGGCUCAGCCGGGUUGGGCGGCCUAAGGCUGGAGGGGGCCACCUGUGGCCCUCCGAAUCAUCCCCGACCACUGGCCGACACUGGCAACAUGGGAGGGAUUCGACAAGCUCGUGGAGGAAACGGCGGUCAGGGGCUGCACAACCCUGGUGCCUGUAUUCCGCCUACAGCGUCAGAAUUAUUACCGAAUUUGUAUACCGCCUUUCAUCUGCGGAUCAUAAGGCGGCUUGCAAUAUAAAAACGCCAUCCUUCUGAAGGCUGCCUGUGGGGAGAGCGCUAUUUCACUUGGAUUUUCCUCCUCCUGGGCUUCCCACGCUGUUGGCCACUGUGACAACAGGAUGCUGGACUAGGUGGGCCUGAUCCGGCAGGCUCCUCUUAGGUUCUGAAGAUCUGCAGGACCACAGGAUCCCCACUCACCCGUGGCUGAAAGGCAGGUGUUGCCUUUGACACACUGCAGGUGUAGCUGAACUGCCUCUCCUGUCAGACCCAGCUAGCGUGGCAGGGGGUGAAGAGAGUUCAGCAACAUUUGGAGGGCCACAGGUUUGCCACCCUGGUUUUAAAGGGUGGCAGUGAGGAGGAUUAGGGCCUCCUGUGCUUACCUGUCCCGUGAAAGAUAGAGGGACAUUUCUUGAUUUCGACACUUUAUAUACCACUUGACGUCAUCGUUUCGUGUAAAUGUUGCUCAAAUAAUUACAUUUGCACCCAGCCUUUCUUCUGUCAUGAAAGGCAGCAUACAUGUGGUUUUCAGUUAUUGUACUUGGCACUGACCAGACCCAGAUCUGCAUAGCUUCAGCAAAGUGCCUUCAGUCAUACCCUGGAACUUAGUACUCUUUGGAAUACAAGUCUAAACAGCUAUUGAUCAUGAUAGCUAAGUGAAACUUCCAUAUGCAGAAUGUGUACCUCUUGAGUAUUAAGAUGCUAGGAGCAAACAACAGGAGAGGAUUGCUGCCUUCAUGUCCUUUUAUGUAUGUAUGUAUGUAUACAUACACACUAACAAAGAAAUGAUCUUAGGAUUUCAGUGUUACACAUUUUGCUUUGCUGACAAAACAUUUAGACAGGAAAACAUCCAUUAAUGAGGAGUCCAGAGAUAAGCCCAUUAAUGUUUCUGUAUAUAUAUGUAUAAGAUCUAAAUAUAUAGACAUUGCAGGUAGCUGUGUAAUGUGUUAGAAAAAUAUAUUCAGAAAGUAAAAAUCAGGGUAGGAGUAAAGCUUUCUGGGAUCAACUAAAAAGGCACAGGAGCAGAAACUGAUAUGGUGGGCAUGGAUGUGUAAACAAGUUAGUAGCUGAUUGAACUUGAGCAUUAGUGAAUAUGUUUGGUAUCUGCCAGUCAUUCUCAAACUGUGUGCUUUCUGUUUCACUUCUUCUGCUUCUCUAUCAGACUUCCUCAACCUCGGCCCUCCAGAUGUCUUGAGACUACAAUUCCCAUCAUCCCUCACCACUGCUCCUGCUAGCUAGGGAUCAUGGGAGUUGUAGACCAAAAAUAUCUGGAGGGCCGAGGUUGAGGAAGCCUGUUCUAUUUGGCAAAACUGCUCAGCCUUGUGUCAUAACCAACCUUACCUGGAAACACAAAGCAGCAUAAAGCAUUUGCUCAUUGCAGCCUAAUGUGUUUUUGGUAGAGACAUCUAAGAUACCAAAGCAAGGUCUGGAUCAUAGCUAGUGGACAGAGUUUCUUUUCUCCUGAAGAAAAAGUAAUGCCCUUCCUUAUUUAAUGAGAUUAAAUAUUUGUAAUUUGAGGAUAAAGCCAAUUACAGACUUCAAGUAAUGGAGGAGUGUAAUGUUGCAGCAUCCGAGAUCAGCCAGCAGGAUGCAGUUUCCAGACAGGAAGCCAUGUUAGUCUGUUGCAGUAAGAACAAGGCCUUUGUCUAGUUGUCAUUUCUGUAUAUCUCACAGCAAAGGAUCUUUCCUAACAUUGCUUUCUUUCCAGAUAUCCCAUGCUGCCCCAUCGUGUACAGAGGCUCGGCAGAGAUUGGGUUUGCCACUGGAAUGUUGCUCAGAGACUCUUCCGGGAUGGUCAAGCUUUCCAGCAUAUGAAGAGAACCACAUCCUGUUUUGGGGCUUGUUACUCACCCUUGAACCCUUGGGAUUGCCCAGGGAGCUGUAGGCUUCCUCUGCUCUGGAGCACACAGUUUCCUAGCCUCAUACAAAACUCUUCCAUUCAUCUCUGUGCUACAAUGAAAGCUGAGGGAGAUGAGCCAUGUGCAAAGCGAAGAAGACAUAGUGGGGAUCAGGACAUUUGUCACAGCCCUAAUGAAAAACUGUGUACCUCACCUUCAGAUGAAACAUCCUGGUCUCCACCUCAACUUCAGUGUAGAGAAGAAAGCACUCCAGAACCAAGAGGUAUGGUGGCAUCUCACUCCCUUGAUCCUUUGCUCUUAAUAUUUACAGGGUUGUGUUACUUAUUUAGGAGAAAAGAGAGCCCAUGGGUUCUGGGGUGCCUUGGUUCAAGUCCCCACUCGGCCAUGGAGCUUACUUAGUGAGCUGGUCAAUGUCUCUUACCUAACCUACCUCAUCGGAUACUUGUGGUGCCUAGAAUUCCUUGGAGAAAGGAUGAUGUAAAAGUGUGAUAUUAUUAUAUAUGCUGAAUUCAACUUGCUCAGAAAUCACACAUAUUCGGUUUAUGGUCCUAUGAACAAGCUGUUCACACCUUUCCUUUGCUCUGUUGACAACAGCUGAUGAAAUAAGCCAACAAAAUUUAUUACAGUGAUCAUUUUUGUUGUUGUUGCCUGCACUUCCAGGCCUGCCAGAGAGGAGGUGAAGUCCCCUCCUUCAUAUCCUGCUUGGGUACACAGGCUACUAGCAACAUGCGGUGCUGCCUUAUAUUGAGUCAGCAGAGGUUGAAUGGCCAUCCGUCAUGGUUGCUUUUGCUGAGAUUCCUGCAUUGCAGGGGGUUGGACCAAAUGACCCUCAGGGUCCGUUCUAGCUCUACAAUUCUGUGAUUCAUUGGUCCAUCUACUUCACUGCUUUCCACGCAGCAGCUCUCCAGAGGCUGAAGCAGGAAUCCUUCUCAGUCUUACCUGGAGAUGCCAGGGAUUGAGCCUGGAAUCAUCUGCAUACAAGGCAGAUGAUGCUCUGCCACUGAGCUACUAGUUUUUUAGGCUAAUAAUAAUAAUAUCUCUACUAAGUGGACUGGUGAAUGAUGAAUGGCUCAUUCUAUCCUACUAUUUUGUGUCCCCCACCACCAUCCUGCUUCAUUUUCUUGCUGCCAAUUGACAAUUUUAUGCUGUUUCUGAAGCACAAAGCCCUGAACAACUUGGAACCAGUAUACCUGAAAGUUCACCCCACCCCUUAUAUCCCCAAUUAAUCAUUGUGCUCUAGAGGUGAGGGCCUCCUUCAGGUACCAUCUUAUCAAGAUGUCCAUUCCGCACAGUGCAGGAAUCAGGCUUUUAUUGUUGUGGCAGUUGCUCUUUGGAAAUAACUUCCAUUAAAUAUUAGAUGUUGUCAUUUCAGCACUUACUGAACUUUCCUCUUUCAACAAACCUUUUAAGGAAAGAUCAUUCCCAGUUUGUGUCAGUAUCUUGAAUUGUUUUUAGAUGUUUUAAUUGGCACAUUUAUCGUGUGUUUGCCACCCUCUGCUCCUCUGGGAGGAAGUGCAGGAAAUAAAAGGAAGACGAUAUUUUUGUUUCUUCACAGCUAGUAUGGAGACCAAGCAGGCUGGUGAGGGAGGCAUUUUUGCAAUGUGUCUGUUGUUAUUGUUCAGUUUAUGUGUCAUUUUCAAACAUAAAGAAGUGCUGAAGCAACUCAACAGCAAUUCAGUACCAAAAAUAGAACAUACAAGUAGAAUAUCAAUUGAAUUUCACCAACAAAAAUUAAUCACAAAAUAGAAGAAUCCAUCCUCCACCAGCCCACUCAUUUGCCUGCAUCCAGCAAGUUGUUUAUUACAACUUUUAUGUUAAAUUCCACUCCUCAGCAGAGUCCUGUUUAUUGCUAUCCCAGGGUUUUCUUGUUGUUAUUAUUUUCUUCCUACUUUCUGUUAUAUACUAAAGCUGCUCCUGAAAGAGAUGAGUCUCUUUUGCUACUAUUGUUGUUAAACAAUUCAAGAACAGAGGUACUUCCUAUUUAAAGAGGUGCAAAUGUUAUUGCCAAAUUACUAGAAGUCCUGCUUAAUGAAACACUUAAAAUUAUUAUUCUUAUUUUAAACACUUAUACCCCAACCCUCAGAAAGGUUUCCCAAAAGAAAGAUAAAAAUGCAGCAGUUCAACAAAAUUAUCAAAAAGAAAAGGCUUUAGCUUGCUACCUCCUAGAUUUGUCUGAGCAGAGGAAUACCUAGGCAGAGCUCUACAACUAAGAAGGCUGCCUCGCUGAUCAGUACACACCUGAUCUCAGAAGGGGAACAGGCCCUAAUGCAGAUCUGGACAGUUCAUUAUUUAAUUAGUAGGCUCCCCAAAACAGGACUUAAAUUGUUUUAUACAGGACUUUAAAAGCUCAAGUCAAAAGUAUGAAUGCAAACAAUCCGCCACUCCUGGCCUGGUUGUUGUGUUUCAGCAGGUGUGGUCAAAAGACACUGGGAAUACUUUUGCCAACAAAGUAAAAAAAUGAAGGUUCUUGAAGAGGAUAAGCCGAUCAACCAGGAUCAUCAAGACACACUGGAGAAGUUUGAUUUCACCGUAAUGUCGUACAACAUCCUUUCCCAAGACUUGUUAGAAGACAACUCUCACCUGUAUAGACACUGCCAACGGCAUGUGCUAGCCUGGAACUAUCGUUUUCCCAACAUUCUCGCAGACAUCAAACGGCUGGAUGCAGAUGUAAGUGGGAAGCUAACCUUAUAGCUGUCAAUAAUAAAGAAAUCCAUAGGAAGACAAAUCUUUUACAGACUGUAAGCCAGGCAUGAGGAUCCUUUGGCCCUCCAGAUGUUGCUGAAUUACAACUGCUAUCAUCCCUGACCAUUCAACAUGCUUGCUGAGGCUCAUGGGAAUUGUAGUUCAUCAACAUCCAGAGGCCAAGAAGUUCCCACACCUGCCAUAAGUGAGCAUGUGGUUAUUUCAUGCACUUCAUGUUUAGCUAUAGUCAACAUGCACCUGGUGCCAUGUCUCUCCAUUCAGAUUCCUUCUAAAAAAACCAACCCUUUUUAACCUGGUCUUAUUUUCUUACAGCCCAGUCCUUUGCAUGUUUCUUUGGAAGUAAAUCAUUUUUAGUUCAAGUGAAUAUAAAAUUGCAGCCUUUGGCUGAAUGACGUACGACGGGAUUUACUUCCAAUAAGACAUGCAUCGGUUUAUAACGUUAAUUUUCCUUUUAAAGGCAUGUUGAUCUCACUGGCAGAGCUAACCAUGCUCGUCAGGAAUCAGCGUGGCUUGAAAAUGCUUGAAUUUGCCUGAAUCGUACCCAGUUCUUAACAAUACAUAAUUUUACUAUUAAAUAACCUAAAAUUAUUUUCAGUUGCAGUAUUACCAUUAUUAUUUCUUCUUAGAACUGUUACUGAAAGUUGUAAGCCAGUUUCUAAAAUUUUAAAGUCAGCCUAGUUAUGUUGGGAAGUAUGCUACUUGUUGAUCAGCUGUUUUCCUCCCAACAGGUACUUUGUUUGCAAGAGGUACAAGAAGACCACUACAGAAUAGAGAUCAAGCCAAGUUUGGAAGCCUUAGGUAUAAACUGUCCAGUAUACAUGUCAAACCACCACCACCCACCCACCCCACUUUCCCCAGCUUACCUCCCUACAGUCCACUGAUUCUGGCCAUUUUAACUCCAGCCCAUCUCCAUGAGCAAAUAGACAGAAAGCAGGAAGGUAAGGGGAGAACCAAGGUACAGCCUUGCCAGUAGACCAUGUACUUAUCUCCCCAACCCUCCAUAAGCCAAAUCUGACAGGCAGGCAGGGUUGGGACUUCUGUGGAUAAUCACAGUGCUUUGAGGUGCAAUGAAUCAGCAGUCUUAAAGUCACCACCUGUCAGCUGAUUGGUGAUGACUUCAAGCCUGCUUUCCAAAGGGGUGGGCUGUGCAAUCAAGUUCCUCACAAUGAAUUCAACCACACAGCCAAUCCAGUUGUAUCUUUACCUGUCGCACACUUGAUGUGCAAGUACGGGGCAGGUGUGCAUGGUUUGGUGGAAAUAGCCUCAUGCGCCAUAUUUGGCCUUUGGGCAGGAGAUUCCCCACCCCUGCUAUAAGAGGUAGAACCACCCCACCCCUGCUGUGUAGCUGAGGGACGGGGAAGCUGUGGCUCUCCAGAUGUUGGACUCCAACUCACACCUUCCCUGACCAUUGGCUACGCUGGCUGGGGCUGAUGGGAGUUUUCAUCGAACAAUUUGUGGAGGACCACUUCUUCCCCAUCCCCGGCAUACAGCCCAAUGGACCAGAACAUAUUAAACAUGUGUACUUAAGAGGAUAAAGGAGACACAUUUUGAAGCACCUUUUUUCUCCCUUCCCCAGGCUAUCAUUGUGAGUACAAGAUGAGGACAGGAAGGAAGCCAGAUGGCUGCACCAUUUGCUUCAAGGCCUCCAAGUUCCAUCUCCUCUCUUCGAAUCCAGUGGAAUUCUUUCGUCGCAACAUCCCCCUCUUGGACAGAGAUAACGUGGGCCUGGUGGUUCUCUUGCAGCCUCUUUUUUCCUGCAAGGCCCCCUCAGCCGCCAUCUGUGUGGCCAACACACACCUGCUGUAUAACCCAAGGCGGGGGGACAUUAAGCUCACCCAGCUUGCCAUGCUGCUGGCGGAAAUUACCAGCGUGGCUAUGCAGGAAGACGGGCGUUUCUGCCCCCUCGUCAUCUGCGGGGACUUCAAUUCCGUCCCUCACUCUCCCCUGUACAAUUUCUUAAGGGAAGGCAAGCUGAAUUACGAAGGACUGGCGAUAGGGAAAGUAGGUAGCCAUUUGUCAAGUUGGUGUGUAAAGAAAAAAAAUAUAUGGGUAGACAACACGCAAAAGACAAUGUCCCUGCCACCCACCCCUAUAACAUUGUGGGGUUUCCAUGAUGAUAAUUUGUAUUGCUGUUCUUUCUAAAAUAUGCUGUGUGGUCCAAAGCCAGUGCAGGUAUGAGGUUUUCAAACAGUGUUCUUAGGAAGUAGUUGGUUGCAUCCAUGAAUAAUCUUCUGGAGCUUCUAGCCCACAGGAGGGUGGAAGACAUUCCAAGGCCCACCAUGGGACUGUGGUGAGGCCAACGGUUUUAAGACACUGUGAGUGCCUUAGAACAUGCCUUUGCGCCUCCUCUUCCUGUGAUGAGCAGGGGUUCUGUGUCAGAUGCUGAGGAGUUCUGCAGUAGACAAGGUGAUGCGGAUGUAGGAUAUGUUCUCUGAAGAGUAGAACUUUUCAAAGCAUUGCUUUGGUCAGGGGUGGUGAACAGCGUUAGAAACUCCCAUUGUUCUAGGUGCAUUUUGUGACAGGGAAUUUCAUUAGCGCGAGCAGUUUCUGAGCUCUGAGCGCAGUACUGAGCCUAAGAUUUCAGAUUAAAACUGCCACUGCUGGAAGAAAAGGAGGGCCUUUUUCUGCCUCCCCACUUCCAGCCACUCUCUGAAGACUGGAGAAGGGACCCUCAUAAGAAUAUGAGGGGGGCGAGCAGGGGAAGUAUGACUUUGUUUUUUGCAGUCUUCAGAUGAGGACUAGACCAUGUGAAAAAUGAGCAUAAGAUUUUAGCUGCAGUUCAUUCUUUUUCAGUUUUGUACUCUUGUUAAAAAAAGGACACCUAAACACUCCAUUGCGGUGCCCAUAACCUAUGUUUAAGGUGCCAUUUAGCUCCUAGCUUUCAUAUCUCAGUUUUUAACACUGGUGGUGAACUGCAUUUAACCAGCAGACCGAAUCAUUCUCUCUCCUGCCCCUUCUGGGCCAGGUCUGACAGGUUGCUAAUGGGGCCACCCACUUGUUUAUCACCUGAUGUCUCCUGGCAUCAGGUGACCCUUUUUUGCCCACAUGGACUUUGCAGAGCAAUUUGCAAAGUACUCCACAUGACUCAUCAGUCAGCUGAUAGUUUGGUCUUGUUGAGCCUCUUUCCAAAGGAAGACCCAAGAGUAUUGUGGAGUGCUUUUCAUAUCGCUUUGCAGGUGCUGCUGAUCAGCUGAUUGGUAGCACAGUAAAUUAAAAAUCAUCUGGAGCAUAGUUGCUUUUGCAUGAUAUAGGGGUGGUACCAAUUUGUGUGUGUGCACGUGCACGCACACACACAUACGAACAUACAAACACAUAAUAAAUGUAAAGUAAUUACAUUUUUGCCAGCUCUCUCACCAACUAGACUCCAAAACUGAGUACUUGUGGCGCAGGAGUUCUUUUAUGGCUCAAAAAGUGGCUAAAUGGGAAGCCAAAAAUUAAAAAUAUAUGUGGCAGCUCUCACAAUAGUAGAAAUAAACUGUUGGGUCAUUGAAAGGAUUUGUGUUAAGACAGGUGCUCUUUAACAUUCAAAACUAAUCCAGAGUUGAGAGUGAAUAGUAAGGUCAUGCCAGUUUAUCUUGAAGGCUAAAAUCCCAAGCUAACUGUGAAUUGCCAUGAAAUAGCUCUGCAAGCUAGAUGGCUGAACCUAAGACUACAGUCCUAAAAUCAUUUAUCUAGAAGUAAGUCCAAUUGAAGUUAAUGGGGCUUUCCUCUGAGUUGACAUUUUUAGGUUUGUAAUGUAAAUGACUUCUAUGUAGGUGGGUUCUGGGUUACAGCAGAAAUCAGUUGGGCAUCUUCUAGAAAUGCACAUAUUUCUCUUUGGUUGUUUUGUUUUGUUUCUUGCUUUUUAAGGUGUCUGGCCAGGAACAGUCCCCACGGGGCAAUAGGAUACUCACUAUCCCCAUUUGGCCUCAAAGCCUUGGCAUUUCUCAGGACUGUAUGUAUGAGGAGCAACAGAAGCAGCUAGAAAAAGAAAGAGGUAAAUUUCAGAGCAGAUAACCCAAGUGUUUUCCCAAAAGGUUACUUCCCCUCAGAUGUUUACAGCUGAAUUUAACCUAGCAGUUCCUUCGUGUGUCAUUUCAGCAAUUCAGUCACAUAAUGCUGGCAGUUCAAGUCCUACAGGCGCUGUCUGACCCCAGAGAAGCUAAAAAUAUAAAGUCACUGGGAAUUCAUCAGUGGGUGAAAAGUUUUUGUGGAUGUUUACAAAAGCCUUAGAAGUGAUUUUAGUAGAGUUGACUGGUCACAUUGGUUCUUCCCAAGCGCUCAUCUGCAGGUCAACUCAUGAGCAACUUUUGGCUGAAUGGAUAAGCAGCAGCUGUAGUUCUGUGUGCACUCUCCCAUUAUAGGGUAGGAGCCAUAGCUCAUACACAGAUCACCUGUUUUGCAGGUUCAAUUCCUGCCAUCUCCAGUUAUAGAAGGAUCAGAUAACAAAACAGGGGUGGAAGAUGUCUUGCUGGUGACUUUGCUAUCAAGCAGACUAGAUAAUACUGGACUCAAUGAACAAAUGGCCUGAUCAGGUAUAAGGCAGCUUCCUGUGCUUCUAUGAUUGCUGCUGUUGGUUUUUUCCAGAGAGAAAAGAGACUAAAGAAGGAAGCUUGGAAAAUUCAGAAGAGGUCGUAACAGUGGCAAAACGGUAAAUUUUGACAUCACUGCGGUUGUCAGCUUGUUUGCAGGCAUCAGCUACUACAACUCUGGACCUGUAUAAACAGAGAGCUGAAAGUUUUACUCACUAAAAUGCUAUAUGUGCACUCCCUACUUCAUCCUCCAACACACCAAGGAAGAAGAAAUUGGAAAUUUGCAAACUGGCAAGGGUUUGUGAAUAACCAACAUAUGGUGGUUAGGGUUAACCAUGGUUUGCAAGACCAACCCCAGUACAAAGUUGGCUUGUUCAAAGAAACCAUAGUUACAACCAUAUUUUGGCCUGGUUUGGAUGCAACAGUAAAUGCUUCCGAUCUCCUUAUGGCCAUGCUGAUGGGAUAAAGGAGAGCACACCAUCCAGGUCUUGUGCCCCUAUUACUAAACUGGUUUUGCCUUUGGUCUGAGCAAAGCUGUAGGUUAACCUGGAUAUAAUUCUUGGCAAUAUAAUUGCACCAAAACUUUGCAGAUGCUGUCUUAGAGGCUUUGUUCUGUGCGAUAUGGGAACUGGGUCUUUGGAAUUGCUUCUAAGAUACUGGAUACUAUUUCUAAGAUAUUUUUCAUUGUUUGAUCUCUUGUUGUUUGUUACCCUGGGUUUCUUUGGGAGGAAGGGCAGGAUAUAAAAUUAACAAAAGAAUAAAAUACAGCAUUGUAUGAAGGACAUGGUUUAGGCUAUGUCCACUAUGAAGUGGAUGAGGAGCAAUAGCAGGACAAAUGUUUCCAUUGUUAAACAAUCAUGUCUCACAAAUGCGUUGUUCUUGCCCUGCCUUGCUGCAAUAGCAUUCUCAGUAUGGAUUGUCAUGUCAAAGUGUGGGGCUUAGGUACAGAAAACAGAGCAGCUCUGGGCCAGAUGGACAAUUGUGGGUGGAACAUCUGAAACAUCAGUAACCUGGUGUAAGCAUGGCCUCAUCUGUGAUCCUUUGUCUCAGCAGACGCUGGUGACUUCUGAAACACUUCUCCCGUUUUAGGUCACCCACAUAUUUGCACCACAGUUUUCCCUUGUCUUCGGCCUACACUCAUUAUCUGCCAGACAGCGGAACCCCAGAAGUCACCACUUGCCACUCCAGGAGCGCAGUCACUGUGGAUUAUAUCUUCUAUUCUGCAGCAAAGGAGAACACAGCUGCAGAACCAGGCAAGUGACUCUAGAGCGAGAUAGGUGACUAAUGAUUGGCUAGGUGCUUACCCAGUCUGUACAAUGAGCAAAAAUUUCUAGUACAGUAGAGCCUCUUUAAAGCACCCACACAUAAACACACGUGGCUUUGUCGCUUCCAGAUGUUCUUUAUUCCACAUUCAUAAAAUGCUAAUACUAAGAGAAGGGACUUGAUUCGGACAGAAGACCUCUCUUGAUUUUCAGUGCUGACUGAACAAACAGCUCAGUCCACAGCUUAAUAUAGAAGCUGCCUGGCUAGCUCAGACAAGGCUGUAUUCUCUACCAGAAGAUUUAUCACCACUUAACUACUUGCGUUUGUAGCCUGCGCCAACAGAUCUUCUUUGCAUCAUUGUCUUUGUAAUGCUGACUUCCCUCCCUACACAGUUCAGUUUCAGGCUUUCCAGUGGAUCACAAAUAAACCAGCCCAGCCUGUUCCUAUGCAUUUAACAUAAACUGGAUCUAUAGAGAUGAGCAAGUAGAGCUUCUCACUACUAAGAGAUACCACAUUUCCAUUUAAUCUCUAAAGAUCAAGCUGCUUGAAAAGGCACAGGACCAGUUUGUUUUUUUAAAGUUUACAAUUCCAGUGUGGCAAAGCCUGUGCUCACGUUAUUACAUGCAUUUUACCUGACGACAUUGUACCAUGUGGAAGGUUACUACUUCUUUUAAAAAAAAAUAAUCAAGCAAUAGCAGUUACAGCAAAAGCUCACCAGAUGGUGCCAUAAUGUUAAAAGUGCCUUCAAGCUGAUCUCCUUGGUGGAUAAGUCAGGACUGAAGCUUGUCUUGGUUGCACAUAUUCAGUGCUGUGCAUCUUUGCAAAAUCCACUGGAUGGAAUAUUAAGUCUGUGUUUGUUUAAACUGGGGUGAUCAAGAGAACUAGCAGGACAUAAUUGGCCAAGAGACUGUGAUGCGAACAAAGAAGUUCUCCCUUCAGAUUUCAACCCAGUGAUGAAACUGACCUUAGGUAAACCAUGUUAUAUUUGGGGAAGGAUCACACUCCCCCCCCACACACACACACGCAUACACACACCUGGGAGUUAAAUGGAGAGUUGGUGUGGCAGAGUGCCUAACACACUGAACUAUGAAAUAAGUAGAUCAUGUAGCUUUCCCCAGCCUGAUGUUGGAGUACAGCCUCCAUAAGCCCCAGCCAGCAUGACCCAAUUGUCAGGAAUAGGGCAUUAAAGUCCAUAUUAUUUGAUGGGGAGCAAGUUGUGGGGAAGUGUGUGUGAAGCGCUUACUUGAAAGCAUCAUAUAAAUGUUCAGUAUUGUUUACAUUGACUUGAAAGUUCCCCAGAAUGCAGUGUCUGUAAAGACCAAUAAAGGAACUGUGAUUCCCUGCUUGCUUAUUUCAGAACAGCAUGAUGAUGCAUCCAGGCCCUGGUGCCAGCUCAGUUGUGAUGUAAUUUACGUGCUUAUGAACCUCUCUUCAAACCUCUGGAUUGUCCACAGGCACCUGAAAGCCUCUUCUUUCUGUUGCAGGAGCUGAACGUGCCUUUGACGGACGCCUGAACCUUCUUGGCCGAUUAUCACUAGUGACGGAAAGAGAUCUCUGGGCUGUCAAUGGGCUUCCCAAUGAAACCAUCUCCUCUGACCAUCUCCCUCUCCUAGCCAAGUUCAGGCUGGAAGAGUAACACCAAAAUAACGAUGACCCACCUGUCUUUUAUCGUUCCACUUUCCUUUUCCUUAAUUCUACAUCAUCAAAAGGGACUGGAGAGUGCAUGCCUCCUUGAUGGGUUUUAAAUACAGGUAUAUAUAUAUAUUGUAAAUUAUCACAGCUACUCAGAUAUAAAAAAAGCAAAUUGGAGUUUUACAAAUUGGGAUUCCUUUUUUAAUAAUGGAAAGUAUUUGUGCCGUAAUUUUUUAAAAAUACAUAUUUACUUUUCAUCAAAGAGAUGGUAUAAAGUGCUUUUUAAAACAGAAACGAUGAUCAUAUUUUUAUUUCUUAAUAUUUUGAUUCUCACCCUUCCUCCCAAAGGAGUCCAGGGCAACAGUCAACAAGGCAGCAAAAAAUAAAAUAAAAUAAAACAAGUAAAAGCCAUCACACUUCCUUGCAGCUAUAGCUUUCAUGGAGCUCCCUUAAUCCUACAGGCAAGCAUUUCUUCUAGACAUUGAUUUGUUUUCUUCCAAGGAGAUGGGCUUCACUGUAUCUUUACCUCCUUUCAUCCUCUGAGUAGCCUAGAGAGGUGUGUGUGAUGAUGAAAGAGAACCCCUUUCUACUAUCUGGGCUUUCAGGGCUGUGCCUGGGAUUUGAACUUGAGUUUCUGACAUCUAAGUCCAGCAUUUGUGGUUGCGGCCAUGUUCCUAGAGGGUCUUCACCCCAGUUUGCUUUUAUGAUAUUCCCUAAAGGUCUGACUACCUAUUCUGACAUUGGCAGUGGGUUGGGUGCCUGUUUCUCGAACCUGUGUCCAUGGAGCUCAUAGUGGCAGUGGUGCAAAAUGUAUUUUUCUAUCAUGUAAACAGCCUGAGGCAAAGGGUCAAAUAUCAGGAAAUCCUGCUUCAUGAAUUGUGCAAGAUACAGUUAGGCCUUGAGGGCAGUUGUGUGUGUAAAAAUGGAAAGGGUGUUUCUGUCCCUGGCACAGAGCCACAGCGAUUUGCAAAGCCACACCUAUUUAAUAUUUGCCUUGCAAAUAAAUCUAGGGCAGCCGUAUCACCCAUCAACUUAGACCUUGAUUUCUACUUUUGACUCUGAUAGCCUAGAAGCAGGGGCGGGGGCGGACCCUGAAUGAAGUACCUUCCCAGUUUGGCUAGUUGGCCUGGUUCCCUGUAAGCAAUUUAUUGAUCAUCACAGGUGAGCGGCUGUUGACAAGUCUGGCCAGUUACGCAACUGUGAGCUGCAAGGAGAGCAAGGAGGAAGAUGGCAAGGUUGCACAGGCAGCUUUGCUAAUUCAAUGGGAGCACAGUCAAGCCCUUUGCUUGGCAGUUCUGCUGUAUUCUCCGAUUACUUUGGCCCUCGGAAGCCGUUCUUCAGCACAAUAUCCCUGCAGGUUUUGCUGACUUUAAGUUUAUUUUUUAAAGGGGAAGAGAGAGCUCAGAGUAGCUAAUUAACUGCACACGAAGCGAUGAGGAAUACACCUGAGAUAACCUUUGCAUUUGGCAGAAAACCAAACACCAAGACUGCAUUUCUCCAUAGGUUUGAAACAAACAGAUGGAAGCACAGUUCAUUAGUUUAAUCAUCCAAAUACAGUCGUAACUUGUUUCUCGAACGAAAUCCGUUCCAGAAGUCCGUUAGAUUUCUGAAAACAUUCGAAAACCAAAGCACAGCUUCCAAUUGGCUGCAGGAGCUUCCUGAACUCAAAUUUGAAGCUGCUCUGAACGUUCGGCUUCCAAAAAACUUUCACAAACUGGAACACUUCUGGGUUUGUGGCGUUCGGGAGCCGAAACGGACGAAUACCAAGGCGUUUGAGAACCAAGGUACGACUGUAUAGUUAUAACUGUACUCUGCAGUGCAGCUUAAAAAACAAUCCUCAUUCUAAUGGCUUAAUAGAACACACGCAAGACAUAGACAGCAGCCAUAUAGCGAGUCAGACCAUUGGCUUGUCUAGCUCAAUAUUGUCUACGUGGCUCUCCAGGGUUUCAGGUGGGAUAUGAACGUAAGAAGAGUCUACUGGAUCAGACCAAUGGCCCAUCUAGUCUAGCAUCCUGUUCUUACCAUAGCCAACCAGAUGCUUGUGGUAAGCCCUCAAGCAGGACCCAAGCAUAAGAGCAUGACACAGUGUAAUAUGUCAUGUACUGUAGUGGUGUUCAUCUGAGCUUGUUUUUACCUACCGUAUAUUUCGCCCUAUAGGGCGCACCGGCCCAUAGGGCGCACCUAGUUUCAGGGGGGGGAAUAAAGGAAAAAAAAUUAUUUCCCCCCCAGGCGCGGGGCUGGGGCGGGGGAAGCCCGAGCUUCCCCAGCCCCCAGAACAGGCUGCUAUCUGCAAGCCUUGGGAGCCCGGCGGGAACUCCCGCCGGGCUCUCCAGGCUUGCGGAUAUCUGCCCGAAGCCCAGGGUGCGCUGCUCAGCGCGCCCCAGGCUUCGGGGUGCAGGCUGCUAUCCGCAAGCCUAGGGUGCCCGGGAAAAGUACGUCCUAUAGGGUGAAAAAUACGGUAAUUUUAAGACCUGCUAAGGAACAGGUGAUAGUUAUUAUUUCCUCAUAUGUAAAACCACAGAAUUCAAAGAGGGUAUACUUUCUGUUCCCCAUGACUGUGUUGUUGUUGUUGUUGUUGUCGUCGUUGUUGUUGUUGUCGUUGUUGUCGUCGUCAUCGUUUAGUCAUGUCCAACUUUUUGUGACCCCAUGUACCAGAGCACGCCAGGCACUUCUGUCUUCCACUGCCUCCCGCAGUUUGGUCAAACCUGCAGUUUGGCCAAAGUAUUAGAGCCUCAGCUUCAGGAUCUGUCCUUCCAGUGAGCACUCAGGACUGAUUUCCUUAAGAAUGGAUAGGUUUGAUCUGAAAUAAGGAUGGAGCUAUGUAGAGGCACUGGCUGGCUUUGAGAUUUUUUCCUGCAUCGUGAUUUUGGCCAGGGCGCCUGCUCUUGUGAUUCACUGCCCCCUGCAUGAGGCAGGGGAGAGCUGCAUUCAUUCAUGGUUUUUCCCACUUUGCCAGGUCAAAUAUUAUGAAACAGUUAUCACAAUAUGGGUUUCAAACUAGUUUUGGAUGAUAUAUCAAUAUAUUUUCCAGCUCUAAUUGCUGGACUACAACUCUCAUAAUCCCUGAUGCACCUGGCCUCUCAGGCUGGAGCCAAGGGGAGCUGGAGUCCCAGAACAUCUGGAGGGCCAGAAGUUCCCCACACCUUACAUGCAACAAGAGCUACGCAUAUGUUUUCAAUCCUGCUGCUGGGUCUCUGCAAAGCUUGGAUAGGACACUGGCCCACUGAUCUUGCUAGACUACAACUCCUAUCAUCCCUGAACAUUGGCCUUGCUGGCUGGGGUUGAUGGAAGUUGUAGUCCAAACCACAGGUAGAGGACUUCCCCUUUCUUUUAAAGAAAGAGCCUUUCUUUAAAAAGCAGUAACCCCGCUGAUCACCUGGUUGGAGAGCUGGAUUUAGUUCUUCUUCCUGUUGUAUUGUUUUAAUGUUUUUGUGUUUGCAGCUCUGGGCUCCUUUGGGAGGAAGGGCGGGGUAGAAAUUCAAUAAAUAAAAUACUUGGCACAAUUACUGCAUUAAAAAUAUGCAGCUCAGCUGCAUCAGGACCAUUUGGUGUCUCAUCAGAUUCUGUCACUGUGGGAUAAGUUGUGUUUCUUUAAAAAAUAAAAAUCACAAGAGGCUAUAAAAAAA